AUGCAUCGACGAGUGGCAGAAGUGUUGGAGGAGGAAGGCUCACGCUGGGAAGAAAGGGACAGAGGGUUGGUGUUUGUGACAUCCAUAGCAGCGGGUCAGCAUCUGUCACACAUGACAGCAUAUCCGUUCUACAAUGGAGACAAGGGGACGACUGACGAGGACCGAGGAUGGAUGUAUGGACAGUGGAUCAAAGGAUUCUCCAAGGUGCUAAUUGCGACCACUGCCUUCAGCGCUGGGAACGACUACCCUCACGUGCGAACGGUCAUUCACAUGGACCGACCAUUUGACAUGGUGGACUACAUCCAAGGACAGGGCAGAGCUGGUCGAGAUGGGCAGGCAGCCAACUGCUAUACGAUCAUCCCACCGACAUCAACACUGCCAAACAUAGAGACGAUGGGACUGGAAGGGGAGGCGAGAUGGGCGAUGUAUGAACUACUGUAUUGCUAUGGGCCAAGGAGAUGCCUGCGGUAUGGGAUGACGCUGUUCAAUGACAGCAAAGGGGUUGGUUGUUGGAUGGAGGAAGGAAAGGAGAAAUGCUCUGUCUGCCUAGAGGAACCAGGACAUGACCCAUUGGACAUACAGGUUGCUGGGACAGCAAGACUCAAACAGCAGGCGAUGAAAUCGAUGGAGGGACGAUUGAUGGAAAGACGGGCUGCUCUGAAGACUAGCUUUGACAGUGCAGUGGUACAGGCGAGACAGCAGCGAGGGAAGGAAGAGAUGAAACGAUUAGAAGAGGGGGAUGAAAUACUGGAAGCAUUGGAAAGUUUUGAGGGGUGCUGCAGUCUGUGCAGAGUGUUGAGGAAAGGUGCGAUGGAGGGACAUGGGAUCAGAGAAUGCCCACAUCUAGAUGGGAAUGGAUGGAGGGAAUAUGUGGAGUGGAGAAGAGGGCUGCAGUAUGACAUGCGGCACCACCGGAAGAUCUGCUACAUGUGCCACGUGCCACAGGUAAAUGACAAGGUGCACCCACAAUUCAAGAAGGCAGAGAAGGGGAACAAGGACUGCAGGUUUGGAGAUGUGGUAGCACCUGCAGCAUAUGGGAUCUAUCUGAAUGAGGAGUUACGAAGGGAAGCAGAGAAAAAGUUUGGGGAAAGGUGGGGGGAGGGUGGAGUGUAUUUGAAGUGGUUGAUGGGGCGACCGAGGCAAGGACAUCACAGCAACUUGAUUGACCUGAUCAUGUGGUAUCACGAGCACUCACAGACAUGA